UUUGGGGUGAACUAUCCCUUUAUAAUCCCUUUUAAUAGCUGUUGUCAGCGUCACAUUAUCGACGGCGGUCAUUAUGAGGAAGAAGCUCUUGGCUGCUUGUGUGCGACAACUGGUCUUUGUAGUUUACUACCAUCUCUUCUUUACUCUCAUCUUCGUGUGCAGAUAUUUGGCGGACUUUUCACGCUCAAGUUGCGUAGUAUUUUAGGCCUGUUCGACAAAGUUCCCACUGUAUUCCGACGGCCCGUGUUAGUGACUGACUGGAGCGGCGCGUAAUUUGAUGACGCUCCCUCUAAAUCCCCGAGUUUUAUUCGAAGCAGCGGGGAACGCGCUUGCGCCUCAGCGCUCACCGUCUCUGGCUGCAUCCCCUCUUCACUCCGCUCUGCCUCGCUGUCUAGUCACUUCAGCACCGAGCAACAGGGAGUGUGUGUGUUCUUGUGCUUCAAGCUAUAAAGAACUUAAUCUCCAUCGCGCCGGACACACAUCCGCCUCUUCAUCUGCCAUUCGCUGCCCUUUCGCUAACAACCGGCCACAGUAACCAUCAGCCAUGGAGAGGAAGCGGCCCGGCAUGCCUCCAGGACCACGAAUGCCUCAUCAGGGGGCCCCAAUGGGGCCUCCAGGACCACCAUAUGGAGGAAGCCCUGCUGUCCGACCCGGACUUAACAAUCAGGCCAUGGAAGCCAGUCGCAAACGGCCCGCUCCUUCACAGCAGCAGAUGCAACAGCAGCAGGCCGUACAGAAUCGAAACAGGAAGAAGCCUGCUGGAUUUCCUGGACCAAAUAAGAUGCCAGGGAGACAGAUGGACAUGAGAGAGGCCCAAUCAGAUCCCACACUCGGAUCAAAUGCCAAGAGGAGGAAGAUGGCUGAUAAGAUCCUUCCACAAAGGAUUCGUGAGCUUGUUCCGGAGUCACAGGCAUAUAUGGAUCUGUUGGCAUUCGAGCGUAAAUUAGACCAGACCAUAAUGCGCAAACGGGUGGACAUCCAAGAGGCACUUAAGAGACCCAUGAAGCAAAAGCGAAAACUGCGUCUCUACAUCUCCAACACAUUUAACCCUGCCAAGCCUGAUGCAGAGGACUCUGAAGGUAGCAUUGCAUCCUGGGAGCUACGUGUGGAGGGCAAACUGCUGGAUGAUCCGGGAAAGAUGAAGAGGAAGUUCUCCUCAUUCUUCAAGAGUCUGGUGAUUGAGCUUGACAAAGACCUUUACGGCCCUGAUAACCAUUUGGUUGAGUGGCAUCGUACCCCAACCACUCAGGAGACAGACGGUUUCCAGGUGAAGAGGCCUGGAGAUGUGAACGUGCGCUGCACCCUGCUGCUAAUGCUGGAUUACCAGCCGCCUCAGUUUAAACUGGAUCCGCGUCUGGCUCGUCUGCUGGGAAUACACACACAGACUCGCUCCAGUAUCAUACAGGCCCUCUGGCAGUAUGUCAAAACCAACAAACUGCAGGACUCUCAUGACAAGGAGUUCAUCAACUGUGACAAGUACUUCCAACAGAUCUUUGACUGUCCACGUCUGAAGUUCUCCGAAAUUCCACAGCGCCUCACCAACCUUUUACUUCCCCCCGACCCUAUUGUCAUCAAUCACAUCAUUAGCGUCGACCCUAAUGAUCAGAAAAAGACGGCGUGCUAUGACAUUGAUGUAGAGGUGGAAGAUCCUCUUAAAGCACAAAUGAGCAGCUUCUUGCUCUCCACAGCCAAUCAGCAAGAGAUUGCCUCUUUGGACAACAAGAUCCAUGAGACUAUUGAGUCCAUCAAUCAGCUGAAGAUCCAGAGAGAUUUCAUGCUCAGCUUCUCCAGAGAUCCCAAAAGCUACAUCCAGGACUGGCUCAAAUCCCAGAGCAGAGAUCUGAAGCUGAUGACAGAUGUUGUUGGGAACCCAGAGGAAGAGAGGAGAGCAGAGUUUUAUCAUCAGCCUUGGUCUCAGGAGGCUGUUAGCCGUUACUUCUACUGCAAGAUUCAGCAGAGGAGGCAGGAGCUGGAGCAGGCCUUGGCCUUGAGGAACACCUAGAACUCACACCGACCACAUUCAGAAAACAUGGCUCAUUUGUGACAACACAGACAACACAUGGAGGUCCCUGCAUUAUUUUCUGCAGUGUAUGAGGGUUUGUGUGCGUGUCCAGUCAUUGUUGUCACUGUGACCUACAAUCCACCAUAAUGGACCAAUCACACCCUGUUACUCCUGCAGCCCCAUUGUAUAGUAUGUGCAUUUCAACCAAUUCAGCCAUUCCUGGAUGAAAUCAUCUCACAAUGCACUAUUUGGAUUUCUGGUUUUGAAUACCA